UUUUUUUUAAUAAAAAACCUCCACAUCUCCCCGGGGGAGAGGCAGACAUUCUCCCCGCCGUCCAUGCACCAUGAAGCGGCCGUGCGAGGACAGCAGCUCGGCAGAAAGUGACGCGGAGGAGACCAUCGAUGUGGGCAGAGAAAGCAUUUCUCCAGGACACAUGAAGACGUCCUUUAUGGGGUUCGGAUCACCGACGACCACCACUCAAGUGAUGGCGAGGAAAAAGCGCAGAGGGAUUAUCGAGAAGAGACGCAGAGACAGGAUCAACAACAGUCUGUCGGAGUUACGGAGGCUCGUCCCCACGGCGUUUGAGAAGCAGGGCUCAGCUAAACUGGAGAAGGCCGAGAUUCUGCAGAUGACUGUGGACCACCUUAAGGUGCUGCAGGCCACCGGAGGGAAAGGUUAUUUUGACGCCCACGCCCUUGCGCUGGACUUCCUGUCUCUGGGUUUCCGGGAGUGUGUGACCGAGGUUUCCCGCUACCUGAGCGCCACCGAGGGCCUGGACUCCAGCGACCCCAUGCGGUCCCGCCUCCUCUCCCACCUCGCCUCCUGCUCCUCGCAGCGCGACGCUGCCGCCCUCGCCAUCACCUCCUACUCCCCCCACCCCCCGCACCACCUCCACCCCCACCUCCAGCAGCCUCACCCGUUAACUCACCCCUUCCACCACCACCACCACCACUGGGCUGCUGUCGCCGCUGCUGCCGCGUUUCGCCCUCCGGCGUACGGACUGAGCGCGCUGUGCGUUUCUCCGGACCCCCAGAGGCUGGCAGAGGCGUCCCAGCGCAGCCACGCAGACUCCACCACCUCCUCCUCCUCCUCCUCCUCCUCUUCCUCCUCCUCCCACACCCCUCUGACCACCUCCCUCCUCUCCCUCUCGGCGUCGUUUCCCAUCAUCCACGGAGGAUUCCCCGUGCUGCCUACUGCCUCCUUCUCCUCCUCCUCCUCCGCUGCCACCACCACCACUCCUCCCAUCUCUUCUUCCUCUUCCUCUUCCUCCUCCUCUUCCUCCUCCUCGGCCCAGACUCCUCGCAGCAGUAAGCCCUACAGGCCGUGGGGAACUGAGGUCGGAGCUUUCUGACCGUUGACUAACCCUCAAACUGUUUUAACAUCACCAGCCAACUAAUUACUUAUAACCCUCACUUAAUGCGCGCGGAGUACUCGCCGUACCCGAGCGGUCCCACGCCAGUGUGACAUCACAGGAGCGCCAUAACUGUUUAUCCCCGAGACACUAGCUGCAGUCUUCUCCUGAACAGAGGUGGCGCUAAUGAGGAAAGGCUACCGACGUUGC